AAGCUUGCAGCUCUUCGCUGGUCGAGGUGAAUUUACGGCAAACCUUUGGCGAUAAUGGACAAUUUGUCCAAUUUUAUCCAUUCAAGUUUGCCGCAAAGCUCAUUUGCAAGUGAAACUAUCAAUGCUCUGGAUUUUCGUAAGGGCGUGUGCGUGUGUCAGCUGACGGCUGCAGAUGGAGGGAGCGGCGAGCGGGCGACAUUUUGGAUUCAAGAGUGAACGGUGAUCGCAGCCUUUCUUGCCUGAAACACGGUUCAAACCUCAAACACUCUCAAUAACCUAGAGUCCCUAUCAAAACCGAACACAUCUGUCUCUGUUGAGCCAGUCCGGUCCAGAGGGACACACAGAGACACACACACAGUUUUUUAAAAUGGCUUGUGAACACUGAGCGAGACCACCACCAUGAUUGGAGGACUCUUCAUCUAUAACCACAAGGGCGAGGUGCUGAUAUCCCGUGUCUACCGUGAUGACAUUGGGAGGAAUGCUGUGGAUGCAUUCCGUGUGAACGUGAUCCAUGCACGUCAGCAGGUACGCUCACCCGUCUCCAACAUCGCCCGCACCAGCUUCUUCCAUGUCAAACGCUCCAACAUCUGGCUGGCUGCCGUCACCAAGCAGAAUGUCAACGCGGCCAUGGUGUUCGAGUUCCUCUACAAGAUGUGCGAUGUCAUGGCCGCAUAUUUUGGCAAGAUCAGUGAGGAGAACAUCAAGAACAACUUUGUUUUGAUCUACGAGCUGCUGGAUGAGAUUCUGGAUUUUGGAUACCCCCAGAACUCUGAGACUGGAGCCUUGAAGACCUUCAUUACUCAACAGGGUAUUAAGAGCCAGACAAAAGAGGAGCAGUCUCAGAUUACCAGUCAGGUCACUGGACAGAUCGGCUGGAGACGUGAGGGCAUCAAAUAUCGACGCAAUGAACUCUUUCUGGAUGUGCUGGAAAGUGUCAACUUGCUGAUGUCACCGCAAGGUCAGGUGUUGAGUGCCCACGUCUCAGGGCGGGUGGUGAUGAAAAGCUAUCUGAGCGGGAUGCCAGAGUGCAAGUUUGGCAUGAAUGACAAGAUCAUCAUUGACAAGCAGGGCAAAGGUGGCACUACUGAUGACACUGGCAAGAGUGGAAAACAGUCCAUAGCGAUCGACGACUGCACGUUCCACCAGUGUGUCCGUCUCAGCAAGUUUGACUCCGAGCGCAGUAUUAGCUUCAUCCCUCCUGACGGAGAGUACGAGCUCAUGAGGUACCGCACCACUAAAGACAUCAUCCUCCCCUUUCGUGUCAUUCCAUUGGUCCGAGAGGUCGGCCGCACCAAAUUGGAGGUAAAGGUGGUGAUCAAGUCCAAUUUCAAGCCCUCACUGCUGGCACAGAAGAUAGAGGUGCGUAUUCCCACUCCACUCAACACCAGUGGAGUUCAGGUCAUCUGCAUGAAGGGGAAAGCCAAGUACAAGGCCAGUGAGAACGCCAUCGUUUGGAAGAUCAAGCGAAUGGCUGGUAUGAAGGAGUCUCAGAUCAGUGCUGAGAUUGAGCUGCUGCCCACUAAUGACAAAAAGAAGUGGGCUCGACCACCCAUCUCCAUGAACUUUGAGGUACCCUUUGCUCCGUCAGGGCUUAAAGUGCGAUACCUGAAGGUCUUUGAGCCAAAGCUGAACUACAGUGACCACGAUGUCAUCAAAUGGGUGCGUUACAUCGGUCGCAGCGGCAUCUAUGAGACUCGAUGCUAACAGCAGCCCCUCAUCAUGGAGAGAUCGGGAGACAAAUAAAUGGAGGAAGGGAAGAAUAGAGUUAUUCAUUGUCUCACUCUCCCAUCCCUUCCUCAACUUUUUAUACUCGCCUCUGAUCACCCUGAAAACAUCAACAACGGAAAACAAAAACAAGAGAAUAUCCAAAACUUCUCAAAUCAGAGUUGAAGAAAACUAGACUUGCAUGGUAAAACAGAGCAAAUAAAAAGUUUUCUGUGCCAUAUAAAAUCUUUAUUCUCAUGAUCCCCCCUCCCCUCCCCCAUGAGAAAUGCUCUUUUUCUAGAGGAGAAACCCCCACUCAUUUCUCCUCUAGUUCUUCCACUACAUGCAUUCCAGACUCCCAGUCCCCAUUGAAUCCCAGCUAAUGUGGGGCUCCGGCCCCUUUUCAUCCCAUGAUUAGCGCUGAACCUGUGUUCCUGCUCAAAGGCGGUGUCCGGGUGGCCAUUUCCCACAUCCCAUAUUUACAGCAGAGUUCUGUUGUUCCUAUUUGCUUAUGUGAUCUCUUGUGUAGACAGACCCAAGAAACAUUUGAAUUCUUUUUUAUAGUGGUCCUUCCUUAGAGUAUUAGUUUGCUAUUGUCCUUGUUAUCAGUAAAUUGGUCUACACCCCCCCACAAUAUUUUUGAGCGUAAACAUUGUCCAUCCAAAAAUAUUUAUUUACUUAUGCAGAUGUUGAAUUAUCUGCUUUUCACUUGUAUUUUCUCUCGGUGUAAGACAGUUCCUCAAUAUGGUGAAAUUGAGGGGUGAGAAUGCUUGAAUUAAAGCAACAAAGGGAACUAAUGUCCACUUGAACUGAAGUCCAGCUGUAUGUAUGCAUAUACUCUACAGACUAAGAUGGUGUAAAAAGAGAACAAAACCACAAAGGCUAUUUAGAGUAGUUUCCAUUUCAUUUGGUGUCAUAUAGUGGAGUCUUAUUUGGCCGGUUUGCGUGCGUAUGUGCGUGUGUGUGUGUGUGUGUGUGUGUGUGUGUGUGUGUGUGUGUGUGUGUGUGUGUGUGAGAGAGAGAGAGAGAGCCUCUGAAUCAGGGGUCCCCGACAUCUCUCCUGGACUUAACAUUUGUGACUUUUCCUUCUUGUCACACUUUUUUUCAUCCUCAUUUACCACUUUGUUUGCUAAACAACAGUUUAUUGAGUUGAGUUGCUUAAAUGCACAGUCAUUCCUUACAUCAGCAAAAUCUCUCCCUGUAUUUCAACAUUUCCCCUGAGACAUUUUGUGAGGAAGUCUUUGCCAAACCUGUUACUCUUGGAGGCCCUCUAACUACAUAUUUUGAAUAUUUUCCUAAUUAAACAUCGGAUUCAAUUCAUCAGGGACUGGAUGUUCAAAAUAAGUGUACAAAACAUUCUUAUGAUAGAUUGAAGGCGUCUAGCUAUAAACAAUGAUGGUUUACGAAAAAGCUUUUUUCUUAGGUUAGAAAAUUAGUUAUAAAGAAUUUUAUUCUGAAGAAUGUCAUGUAAGGGAGACUUCAAAAAUGUGUGCUGAUGGAGGAUUCUCGAGGAACAGGAUUGAGAAAGACUUUUGGAGGAACAACUUAAAGGAAUGUUCCGGGUUCAAUGCAAGUUAAGCAAUGCAGUCAACUGCAUUUGUAGCAUAAUGUUACCUCAAAAAAAUACCUUUGACUCACCUCUUGCUUAAAAAAAAAAUAUCACGUUUACAGUGAAGGAUUUACAGUGGAAGUGAAUGAGGCCAGUCUGUAAAGGUUAAAAUACAUGUCAAAAGUACUGCCACAAGCUGUGAACAUUGUGUUAACAUGAUUUUAGUGUGAUACAUUUCAGUUCUAUGUGAUUUUAGUGUGUCAAAAUAGCUUACAGGGUUUUGUUGUCAUGGCAACAAAGUUGUAAACGAUUUGAUCACACUAAUCAUCUUAAUACUUCACGUUACGUUUCACUUGCCUUUUAAAGGAAUACAGCUUUAAAAGUCACAUUACACUAAUUUCUUCAAAAGAGGGACUAGAAUAUUAGGGGCUCAUUUAUAUUAUUGCUACAUAUGAUUUUCAAACCUCCAUCCUUAGUUCUGAUCUAAGACAGACAUUUUGGAGAUGCCAAAAUAUAUAAAUGCAAAAGUAUUUCAGGUUGAACGGCACCAAAAUGGAAGCAUGUCUGUCCUCUACCCUUCUGUGCAAGCACUUGUUUCAAUCAACACUACUAGAGCGACUACAGAUUUUUAUGUGUGCGUCUGUUGACCAUAUAUGUCUUAACACUUAUACCGCCUGACCUCAGUGUUUUUCAGCCCUGAGAGAUGAUGAGGCUCCUUAAGCUACAGUGUAUCAUCUUCAUUUGGUAUCUUUAUAACAGUUGUCUUAAUCCUAAUAAAAAUGUGUAAUC